AUGAUCAUAUUAUUGGCUACAUUUUUCACGGUCAAUGCAACUACUAGCUUUAGUAAUUGUUUAAGUUCUGGCAUUACUGUGCCUGCAUUAAGUGUAUCAAUUUCAUCUGACCCUAUUCUUGAUGCUGAAUUGGUCGUUACUUUUAAUAUUUUAGGAAUACUAAGUGAAAAAACCAACUUGACUUUCCAACUUUUGAUUUCAUUUAAUACAAUUGAUGAUAUCAUCAUAGAUCCCAAUCAAAUUGAUAAUGACACUAUAGGUCUCUCUAUUGUUUCAGUUAAGGCAGGAAUAGUUUCUGUUAAUCUAACUCAAAACAUUAUAGUACCACCUUAUUUGUCUGAAUGGUAUUUGAUAAAGACUACUAUUAGUAAUCAAUUUGGAAAUGUUCUUGGCU